UAAAAACGUAUCAAAAUGUACGGCUCGCAACUGCGAAUUGGUUCUCAUCGUUCACUUACAAGAGCCGUUCAAAAGACCGACUCGUUCGCGAACGUCACAUCUCUAAUGGCAACGCUACGAAAACACAGGCCUCAGGAGGAAGUGUGUACUGUGUCGACAGGUGUUGACCCUGGUGUUGACAGGUGUGUUGUGUUGAAGUACUGCUUCACUCGACCAAGUUUCAACUUUAAAAGUUGGAAUUUAUCUUUCUUCUGCUUCGGUCGAGAGAUGGAGAAGUACGAGCAGGUGUUGUGUUUGGGCAGGGGAGCGGCAGGUGACGUAUUCCUCAUGAGGCACGUGGAGCGGAAGAGCCUGCACGCUGUGAAAAAGAUCAAAAUAGAGGAGAACAAGGCCAACAAGACUCAAAGGACAAUUCUCCAAGAGGCGGAAAUCAUCAGGAGGUUGGAGCACCCUAACAUAGUCACAUGCAGCGAUGUUUUUGUGAAUGAUGGUUUAAUCUGCAUUGUGAUGAACUACUGUGAUGGCGGGACAUUAGAUGACAAAGUCAAAGGAAGGAGAACAAUGGACUUUUUCACAGAGGAAUCUGUGAUGGGCUGGUUUGUGCAGGUUGCUACAGCUGUGGAUUUUAUCCACUUGGCUAAAAUACUACACAGGGAUAUUAAAACCUCUAAUGUACUGCUAACAAAGCAAGGUGUGGUGAAGCUAGGGGACUUUGGGGUAUCCAGAGUGAUGACCAACACGGCUGAUAUGGCAUCCACAUGUAUUGGCACACCAACAUACCUGAGCCCAGAGCUCUGCAAGGAUAUCCCCUACAGCUCCAAGUCUGAUAUCUGGGCUCUGGGCUGUCUGCUGUAUGAGAUCUGUGCUCUCAGGCCUGCGUUCGAAGCCACAAACCUGCUGAGUCUGUUCUACAAGAUCACUAAAGGAGAGUAUGAUCCUCUGGUCGGCUUCUACUCUGAUGACAUCAACUGUUUGAUCCAGAAAAUGCUCCAUCUCAACCCUGAGCAAAGGCCGAGUGCCGCUUGUAUUCUCAGCAGUGCCUGUGUGGAAGCUCACCUACAGGCUAUUAAACACACUCAGAGUGACUUUGUAAACAUUGCGGCGUCUAUAGGAGAGACCAGUGACAUUGGAAUAGAAAGUAAACAAACAGACACAGACUUUCUCAGUGAGGCUUCUUUGUGGGAAGACAGAGAACACAGUAUGGAGGCCAGUAGUGAUGUGGAGGAGAAGGAGGAAGAGGAGCAGAAGGAGAAAGAGGAGGAGAAGAAGGAAGAAAUGGAUGCUUUGAGUGCUGGAGAACAAAACCAAAACGACUAUUACUAUCCUGAAGACUUUGAUGAAGAUGAAAGUUUGUCCUCUCUUAAAGAGCACAAUGAAGAUGUAGGAUCUCCAGUGAAGAGGGAUUCUGCUGAUCUUCUUGUGCUGUCAGAGACUCUGGAAGUCUCAGAUCAGGGUGAGUAUCCAGAUGAUUUCGAGGAAGCUGAGUUGGAGGAAGAACACAAAGACGAGGCAGCUGGAGUUCAUGCUGCUGCCUCUGAGCCACUACAUGAUGAUGUGCUAGAAGAAGAGUUUGUGCUCUGUGAUGCUGGCGGUGUGACCAUCACACUGAAAGCACUGAAGCCACAAUGUGAAAUAAAGGGUAAUCAGCAGAUAAAACAGUGACAUAUUCACCCAGUGCCUUGUUUGUUUUAUGGCAUUGCUUUCAAAAAGGGCAUCAGACGUUAGCCAUAAAACCUCUGAGCAGAAACUUAACGCUGAGCGUCUGGGAGCCUGCAGAACAUUUACUACACAAGUGACAUCAAACGCACGGUGGGUUCAAAGGGCUUGUGCUGCAAGAGACAAGAAGAUAUGACAUUUCAAAUUCAGCACACAUGACAACAUUUUAUAAUGUCACAUCAUGACUUUAAAGAUGUACAGGAGUGCCAGAUGUUAGAUUGCAUCAGUAGGUUUUAUUCUUUCUACUUCAUGUUGUCAUGCAUCAUUUUGUGUUUGUGUCCAGCUGCUGUUGUUCUUAAAGUGCUUUAUAAAUAAAGUUGAGUUGAGUUGA